CGGGUUCAGCAGGAUCGGAGAUCACUGCGGCCCCUGUCUACUGUGACAGUCGCGGCAGGGAGGCCCACAGAGGACGCAGGAUGUCAGCAAAGCCUGUCAUGGAGUCAGUGUCAUUUGAGGACAUUGCUGUGUACUUCACCUGGGAGGAGUGGCAGGACCUAGACAUUGCUCAGAAGUUGCUCUACAGGGAUGUGAUGCUGGAGAACUACAGUAGCCUGGUGUCCUUGGGCUGCUGCAUGACCAAACCUGAGUUGAUCCUCAUGUUGGAACGUGAAUUUGGGCCAUGGAGAGUAGCAGAUACCUCAGUCUGGAACCUUCCAGGCUACUGCAUGACCAGACCAGAAUUGAACAUCAAGUUACAACAUGGAUUUGAGCCAUGGAAUGGCUCAGAAGCCUCACUCUGGACCCUCCCAGAUGUUCAUAAUGUAAGUGUCCUGGGAAAUCAAGAGACACACUUGUGGCAAGCUGAAGUCACCAGUGGCAUUACAUCAUAUGAACAGAUGGUUGAAGCAGAACUACAGAUUCAAGAGAAAAUUUAUCGAGGGGCAAAAACAUAUGAAUAUAAAGAAUGUAUGGAAACAUUUUAUCCGAAUUCAGAGCACACCAAGAAUCAGAUAUCUCAGUCAUAUGAGAACCCCUAUGGAUGGGAGGAAUGUAGAAAAGCUUUCUAUUAUCAAUCAACCCUCACUCAACAUCAAAGAUUUCAUAUAGGUGAGAAACUAUAUGACUCUCCACAGUGCUGGGAAAUUUUCCCCUGGAAGUCCCAAGUCAGUGUACAUGAGACAUUUCAUGCAGGUGAGAGACGCUAUGAGUGUGAAGAAUGCAGGAAGUCUUUCCAUCGGAAGGCAAACCUUAUUCGACAUCAGAGAAGAACACAUAGCAGAGAGAAGCCGUAUGAAUGUAUAGAAUGUGGGAAAACUUUCUACUGUAAGUCAGAUGUUACUCGACAUCAGAGAAGAACUCACAGUAGAGAAAAACCCUAUGAAUGUGUAGAGUGCAGUAAGACUUUCUACUGUAAAUCAUACCUCAUUCGACAUCAGAGUAGAACGCAUAGUAGAGAGAAGCCCUAUGAAUGUACAGAAUGUACUAAAACAUUUUACUGUAAGUCAGAUCUUACUCGACAUCAAACAACUCACAGUGGGGAAAAGCCUUUUGAAUGUAAUGAAUGCUCUAAAACAUUCUACUAUAAAUCAGACCUCGCCAAUCAUCAGAAAACACAUACAGAUGAUAAUCCCUAUGAAUGUAAAGAAUGUAGAAAAACUUUCUGCUCCAAGUCAAGCCUCAAUCAGCAUCAUAGGAUUCAUACAGGCGAGAAGCCCUAUGAAUGUAAUGAAUGUAAGAAAAGUUUCAAUUCUAAGUCCAACCUCACUGAGCAUCAGAGAAGAACUCAUACCAGAGAGAAGCCCUAUGAAUGUAGCGAAUGUUGGAAAUCCUUCUACUGUAGGUCGGAACUUACAAAUCAUCAGCGGACUCAUACAGUGGAGAGAUUCUAUGAAUGUAAAGAAUGUAGAAAAAAUUUCUACUGUAAGUCAAACCUCAAUCAACAUCAAAGAACUCACACCGGAGAGAAACCCUAUGAAUGUAAAGACUGCAACAAAGCUUUCUAUUGUAAGUCAAACCUCAAUCAACAUCAAAGAACUCAUACAGGUGAAAAGCCUUUUGCAUGUAAAGACUGUAGUAAGGCUUUCUAUUGUAAGUCAAGCCUUGUUAAACAUCAAAAAAUCCAUUCAGGUGAGAAGCCAUAUGAAUGUGAAGAAUGUAGGAAAACUUUCUUCCAAAAGUCAGACCUCACUCGACAUCAGAGAACACAUACAGGUGAAAAACCCUAUGAGUGUAAAGACUGUAGCAAAACUUUCUAUUGUAAGUCAAACCUCAAUCAACAUCGGAGAACUCACACACAUGAAAAAUCUUAUGAAUGUAAAGAAUGUAGGAAAACAUUCUAUUCUAAAUCAGAGCUUACUGAACAUCAACGAACUCAUACAAAUGAAAAACCCUAUGUAAUGUUUAAUAUUGAUUGUCAACUUGACAAGAUCUGGAAUCAUCUGGGAGACAGGCCUGUGAAAGAUUAUCUAGAUUAAGUUACCUUUGGUGAUGUCUGUGAUUAUCUCUAUUUGGUUAAUUAAAAUGGGAAGACCUACUAUAAAUAUGUGUGGCACCACUCCUUGUGUUGGGAUUAUGUACUGCAUGAAAAGGGGUGGCACCAUUCUGUAGAUUGGAGUUCUGAACCACAUGAGAACAAGGAAGGUAGAUUAAGUAUAAGCAUUUGCUGUUUUCUGCUUCCUGUCUGGAUGCCACUUGGCAAAAUGCCUCAAGCUCUUGCCACAAGAAAUUCUCUACCAUGCAAGAUUAGGAUUGUACAUCAUGGGUGAAGUACUGUGAGCCACAGAAGAAAGUAACUAAUACAGGAAAUUGGUUCUGAGAAGUGAGGCCACUGCCCUGAUAAACUUGACUGUAUGAUUCUUAGGCCUCUAGCAAUGGCUUUCAUGAGGAAUGUAGAUUUGGAACUUUGGGCUAAUAAGAUCUUUGACUGCUAUGCUACAGAGCUUAAUGGGCCACUGUGGUGGAAGUUUAUAAGUACAGAGUAUGGAAGCCUGGCUCACAAGGCUUCAGAGGGGAACAAGCAUUGUCAAGAACUGGGCUAGAGGCCAUUUCUGUGAUCCUUUGCCAAGAAUUUGGCUUCAUUCUACCUGUGAUCUGAGAACUUGAAUAAUGAUACAUUUAAAGAAAACUUACUCAUUUGUUAGGUGAAGAAAAUUUCCACAAAGGUGUAUAUUCAGGCUGUGGUACAGCUCCUGGUAACUUCACUUAUAAAAGUUUACAAUGAAAAAGUUCCAUUGUGCAGAAGAUAAAUUAAAAAAAAAUGAUUAAAACUUACAGUCUAUCAAGGAUUAGGAAGCUAAAGCAAGGCAACAGCUUCAGGCAAGGCAGGUAUGGAAGAAGCAGCUCUAAUUGUUAAAAGAGAAACACUCUGCUCUGCCCCCAGGACAGUAGGAAAUGUGUCUGGAUUGCCCUACUUCCCCUAUCAAAGGCUUCAGCUUAUGAAAAAUGUGGACUUACUUGAAAGAAAAGAACCUGGACUGAGAAUACAGCUGAAGGGAUUUCCUGCUCCCUGAAGACAACUCCCAAGUGGAAGUGUUUCUGUAGGGUCAGCACACUAGGUGAUAGCUUUGAUCCAAGAAGACAUUUUAUAUUUCUAACUAACAACAGCUCUUGGAAGCUUUCUGGAUGUGAUACUAGUUUCAUGGGCAUAAAAGAUGCAACACUGAGGGGAUCAGGUAGAUUUGUUCCAAAGUUUCAGAAAGCAGCUGAGGCUAGACAUUGUAUGUCAGAACUGAAGUCUCUAAAGGAAGGCUCUGAAUGUCCACUGUAUGGACCUGUGAAGGUAAACUAUAAUUUGCCAUGGAGACUCCAGUAUAUAAAUGAUGCCAGGAGCAUGGGGUCAUCCACCAAGGAAAGCUACAGGCAUGGAGUGGGGCCAGUUGGCCAGCAGAGAUAGAUAGGAUGGGGCUUCUUGAGUACUUUAGAUUCCAGGUGAUUCUAUUACAAGUCUCAGAUGCAGUGGACAUGUUGCAGUAAGAUAUAUUGUUUUCCCUGCUGGGUUUCAACCCUAGUUUUUUCUUUUGGGAAUGGGAAUGUUUAUGCUUUUAUGUAUUGGAACCAUGUAACUUGCUUUUUGAUAUUAAGGGGCCUCACAGAAUAUUUAAGAUGAAAUUUGGACUUUGGAUAUUAAAACAUUGUUGGAAUUCUUGAAGACUAAGAAUUUUUAGGGUUGUAACUGACCCACUUUACAUUAUGAAAAGUCAGCUUAUGGGGACAAGAGAAGAAAAGUUAUGGCUCAACAGUAAUAAUCAUGUCACGUUGGCAAGGAGUAAGUUCAGUUAUGGUUGUUAAUAUCAUCAACUUGACAGGAUCUGGAAUCACAUGGACAUCUGAGAAUAUCUGGCAGAAAUGUUAAGUUAAUUGGCAUGGAAAGACUGAUUUUAAAUGUUUGUAGCCCUACUCCAAAUGUAUUCUACCUUUGAACUUUGAGCCAAAAUAAAUCUAUCCUUAAUUUUC